UUUUUGUUGGCGUGUGUUUGUGUAUAAAGGCAACGAGGAAAAGCAGCGACGAAAACAAGACGACGGGAGACGUUUCGAGGCUGAAAGAGCUGCAAGGAUUAGGAAUUAAGAUGCAGGUUUCUCCUGGCUGGACUGUCUUGUUGUUCCUUGUGUGCUGCUGCGGUGGUGUGGCGGUGGGAAGCAAGAGAAACGCGCUCCUCAUCAUCGCCGAUGAUGCCGGGUUUGAGACGGAGGUCUACAACAACACGGUGGUGCGAACUCCACACCUGACCGCUCUGGCCCAGCGCAGCGUCAUCUUUCAGAACGCCUUUGCAGCCGUGAGUAGCUGCUCGCCCAGCCGCUCCACCAUCCUGACCGGCUUACCGCAGCACCAGAACGGCAUGUAUGGCCUCCAUCAGGGGGUGCACCACUUUAACUCGUUUGACGGGGUGCGCAGUCUCCCUCUGCUGCUGAAACAGGCCAACAUCCACACCGGAAUCAUUGGGAAGAAGCACGUAGGUCCCGGCCCUGUUUACCCUUUUGACUUCGCCUACACGGAGGAGAACAGCUCCGUUCUGCAGGUGGGGCGCAACAUCACCCGGAUCAAACUCCUCGUCCGGAAGUUUCUGGACGGACAGAAGGAGGCGGAGAGAGGCGGAGGAGAGGCGCUGCCGUUCUUCCUGUAUGUGGCCUUCCACGACCCGCACCGCUGCGGCCAUUCGCAGCCCCAGUACGGAGCGUUUUGUGAGAAAUUCGGGAAUGGCGAGAGCAGAAUGGGAAGAAUUCCAGACUGGAAGCCGCAGUACUACACGCCGGACCAGGUGAAGGUGCCGCACUUUGUCCCCGACACUCCAGCCUCCAGAGCAGAUAUAGCAGCCCAGUACACCACCGUCAGCAGACUCGACCAAGGUGUUGGCCUGGUGCUGCAGGAGCUGAGGGACGCAGGCUUUGAGAACGAGACGCUGGUGAUCUACAGCUCUGAUAACGGAGUUCCUUUUCCCAACGGACGCACCAACCUGUACGGCUCCGGCGUGGCUGAGCCCAUGCUGGUGUCCUCCCCUGAACACAGGCAGCGCUGGGGGCAGAGCAGCCAGGCCUACGUCAGCCUGCUGGACAUCACUCCCACCAUCCUGGACUGGUUCUCGGUGCCGUACCCCUCCUACAGGCUGAGCGGACGAUCCCCGGUGCAGCUUACCGGACGCUCCCUCCUCCCCGCUCUGUCCUCAGAGCCGUCCUGGAACACGGCCUUCUCCAGCCAGAACCUCCACGAGGCCACCAUGUACUACCCCAUGCGUUCGGUCCAUCAGGGCCGCUACCGGCUGCUCCACAACCUGCACUACCGCAUGCCUUUCCCCAUCGACCAGGACCUGUACGUCUCGCCCACUUUCCAGGACCUGCUGAACCGCACCCAGGCACAACGGCCCACCGGCUGGUUCAAGACCCUCAGGGAGUACUACUACAGGGAGCGCUGGGAGCUGUUCGACACGCUCUCCGACCCCAGGGAGGAGAAGAACUUGGCCCUGGACUCUGCUUACAGUGCCAUACUGGAGGGCUUGAGGGAGCAGCUGCUGAAGUGGCAGUGGCUGACCGAGGACCCAUGGGUUUGCGAGCCGGACGCAGUGCUCGAAGCCAAACUGGAGCCGCAGUGCAGGCCACUGUAUAACGACCUUUAGCGGCCCGCCAUCCAGCAGGGUACAUAUGAGAAUUCGGAUAUGCAUGAUGGUUUAAUGUGCAUAUCUGAUGUGUGUAUAUAUAAUCACUGCUGUCGGAAGGAAACCUCCCUAAAAUGGUAUUUUUACAGGAGAAGGAAAAAAACCUUCUUUUAAUGUAAGUCAAUGGAAGCAGAUGUCAUUUUGGGUUGUUUCUUUUGGUCCAUUCAUCAUGAAAUUUACACACAAUGUAAAGGGUAACA